AUGAUGCUGCCUCUGACGGUAUUAUUUCUGCCUGUCCUUCCUUUCUUGGUGGCCUCUACCGUUGGGAAUGCGGGAAAGGUGACGGAGCCAUCUUCGUACCAGCGGGCUCAGUUCCGAUGGUGGUGGCCAGGAGGCUACGUUGAGCCUUCUGAGGUCGCCGCAGAGAUCACCAGCAUAAUGGAUGCCGGUUUCGGCGGCGGCGAGAUUGGAGACGUCAGGGACAGCGUCACGCGAGCCAUGGAUCCUACUGUUUAUGGUUGGGGAAAGCAAAGAUGGAACGAUGGUGUUCUGACUGCAUACGAACAAGGUUCCAAACUCGGGGCUCAUAUAGAUCUUACGCUGGGUCCUCACUGGCCGACUGGGUUUCCAGGAUACACUCCAGACUCUCCCGAGACCGCCAAAGAGCUGGUUCAUGGCCAGGUAUUUGUCCAAGCAGGUGAUACCUUCUCCGGGAAGCUGCCGCUACCCGUGGCGGCCCCAUCAGGAAACCAGACGGGCAAUCUUGUGGAAGCCACACCGUAUCUUAUCGCUCUUCUGGCCGCCCGGACGACAACUGCGAAUGAAAGUGCCAGCGAAGUCAACUUUGACCCUUCAACCCUGACAUUGAUCACUGAUUCUGUCAAAAACAACUCCAUUACUUGGACAGCGCCGACCAAUGGAGCUUAUGUGCUGGUGGCCACUUAUGCCCGUGGCACAGGGCAGAUUCAGAACAUGUACGAUGUGCAGCCAAAUGGUCCCAAACUUUACUCUACACCGGGCUACAUUGUUGAUCAUUUCAGCGCCGCCGGUGUUCAGGCAGGGGUUAAGUUUUGGGAGGAAAACAUAUUGACCCCUGAUCUGGUUGCACUGCUUCGCGAUAGCAAUGGAUCAAUCUUCGAGGACUCUUUAGAGUUGAAGUACAAACAGCUGUGGACUCUUGACCUUCUCGGCGAAUUCAAUACUAGGAGAGGUUACGAUCUGUCCCCAUUCCUUCUAUAUCUCCUGAAAGAUACCAACACCUUCGCCGGAGACAGCUUGACUGCCUCGAAGAUCACUCAUGACUUUUACAAGACUAUCACGGAUCUAUAUGUCGAUUAUCGUCUAGAGGGAGUCACCAAGUGGGCCAACAGUCUCGGCCUCAAGUUUCGCGCUCAGCCAUACACCCUCAACUUCGAUAGCGCAUACAUCGCCAGCCGUCUCGACAUUCCUGAGGGCGAGUCUCUCGGAUUUGGCAGUACCCCUGACUCAUUCCGGGUCCUCGCGACAGGCCGUGAUCUCGGACAGAAGACGACCAUCCUAUCCAACGAAAUCGGCGCGUAUUUCGGAAAGGCCUAUGGCGUGACGUGGAAGUUCCUCCUAGGUACCGCGAACCUCGACUCGGCACUCGGGGUCAGCCAAAACGUCAUCCACGGAUACCCCUACCAAGAUUCCCCGAGUAGCCUUUGGCCAGGUUUCGCACCCUUCACGCCGUUGCCCUUGGGAACCUCAUCGAACGGCUUCGCCGAUGCAUGGGGCCCGAGACAGCCGCAAUGGAUGUUUGCGAAGACUGCGAGUACGUACCUGGCACAUUCGCAGAAAUUGCUGCAAGAGAGCAGGCCGUCUAUCGAUGUCGCUAUUCUCAACCGGGAUUGGGGCGUGACAGCGACGUGGGAAGAUACCGCCCUCAAUGAUGCUGGAUACUCGUACCAAUUUCCCACACCAUACCUCCUGGAGAAACAUAACGUUACCGUUCAAGAUGGAGUCCUAGCACCGGACGGCCCAAGAUAUCGCGCGCUGGUGGUCAACAAUCAGACAGCCAUGGAUGUAAGCACGGCCAAGAACCUGCUUGAUUACGGACGGGGUGGUCUUCCUAUCGUAUUCUCUGGCGCCACUCCUCUGACAACCUUUUCCUACUCUGUCGACCAAGUCACGAGCGAUGCAGAGCUACUCGCUCUUCUCUCAGAGGUCAAAAAGCUUUCUACUACCGCGGUCGUUCCAGGCCCGGACGCCGUUCCCAGUGCUCUCCGUGAACUCGGUGUCUUGUCUCCGGUCACUUACCCGCAAGGACCGGGCAACGGCAGCGUCAUCACAUACCGACGUGCGGUUGACGAUGGCUAUCUGUACUGGAUCUACAACAACGCUGCUGAGCAUCUACGCAUACCCAUUCAGCUUGCUGGAACUGGAUCGCCGUAUGAGAUCGACCUUUGGACUGGCGACGUUAGGCCUAUUGCAGCAUUUUCUGUCGAGAACGACUUUAUUGCUUUGAACGUUUCGCUGUCUCCGUCGGCUGUGUGUGCUAUCUUCAUUGGCUCUUCAAACCCGUUUUCAGCCCAAGCCCUGUCAACGUAUCUCAAAUCAACGGAUUGCCGGUCGAUGGUCCGCAACAACACAGUUUGGAUAUCAUCCAAUACAACUUGCAGCGCCAUAACAUCUUCCAACCAGACAAUCACGCUUAACUCAGACAACGUUCCCAAGGCAAUCUCGCCCUCAGUUUGGACGCUGCGAGUGCAGGACUGGUCACCAGAAUUCCCCAACGCAACUGGAAACGCUUCGACCGCAACCGCAAAGACUUGGCUCCCACCUGUAGACUUGAGGACGCCACUGCUUCCAUGGACCAACAUCACAGGGCUCGAGUACGCCUCGGGUAUUGGAGUAUACAACACAAGUGUUGUGGUUGAAAGUGGUAACAGCGACUCUAGUGAUCUUUCGGUGCUACUCCAUGUGCCAGAGAUCGAGGGCUCAUGGGACCUCAAAGUCAAUGAGCGAAAUGUGGAGGGUGUAGACUGGUUCAAGAGUCAUCCUAUUGAUAUUACCGAUUACGUGAUUUUUGAUGCAGUAAAUGAUAUCGAGAUCACGGUUGCGGCAACGCUCUGGAAUAAGCUUAUCAGGGUUUGGCCAGCGAUUUACGGGUUUGAAGAGCCCCUGGCAAAUGGCAUGGCAGGAACUGUCGGCCUGACGGUUGAAAGAGUCAUGAAAAUAGCUUAG